GAAUAUCUGAGUCAACGCCACACUACUUGGCGUGAUUUGAAAGGUCACCGUUUACGCAUCUCUUACGCGCACGAUCCACCACGUACGCUCAUCCAUCGACAGUCGGAAACAGAAGCGUGGCAGUUCGAUGGCGCUGCGCCACAGAUAUUUGCGGCGUUCGCGCAACGUCACAAUGCUACCAUCGAAUCCUGGAUCGCAAGACCUGGUAAUUUUAAUAUAGCUCGUGUUUGCAAGCAUCGGCUACAGGAAGGAUCGGUGGACUUAUGCACCGAUUGGACAAUUCAGAGCAGAGAAAACAUUUCGAGUACGCCACUACAAUUAUACACGUACGAUUUGGCAGUACGCUAUGCGCGACCACUUUCCAAGCUCUACUACUUUCAAGUGCCCUUUCAAGCGGCUGCCUGGCAGGCUAUCGGUGUCAGCAUUUGUUUGGUAACGUUUGCGACAGCGCUCUUGACGCGACUGCAGCGCGGUGAGUGGCAAAUCGGUCGGUUGGGUUUGGAUGUGUGGGCUAGCUUUCUAUAUUUAGCGUUUGAUCUGCGGCCAAUGCAUACGCACCUGCGAUCGCUUAUGUUGCUAACGCUCGUUAUUAGCGGUUUUAUGCUCAGCAACUUGUAUCUUGCCUAUCUGGCGAGCAUACUCGGCAAUGGUGUAUAUGAGCCAGAAAUAAAGACGCUGCAAGACGUUCGGCGCAACAACAUAAUCGUUAUGACAUAUGAGUACCAAUAUGCUAGUUUAAAAAACUUUGGCUUGCCAGCGAUUUUGGAGGAACACAUGGAUAUUGUCAGCCAAGAGCAAGUUUUAAUGCAUCGCAAUAAUUUCGACACACGCUACGCUUAUAUGAAUCCAGAGAUAACGCAGCUACUAUAUGACUACCAGCAAAAAUAUUUGCGACGCCCAAUCAUGCGAAAAUUAGACAAACCGAUACUUCGCGCACUCGCUGGACAUUCGAUCAAAGAGGGUUGGCCACUAGAGGAGCUUUUCAACAAACAUUCUUUGGAAUUGUUCGCCGUUGGCUUGUACAAGCGACUUAAUGAAGAUCAGAAUUUGAAAACUAUCCAAUUAGGUUAUUUUAGUUAUGCAAAAGAAGAGCACUCAAGUGUCAAACCUUUGGGUCUAGAAUACUUUUCAAUGCCGGCGUUACUUUUAAGUUGCGGAUACAGUUUGGGCUUUAUAGCGCUAAUGCUGGAGUUAAUGUGUUACAAAAUAAAAAAGUUUCGGGAAUAA